GGGCUUUGGUGACAUCACGACAAGUUGCAAAUAUAUUUUCUGGUGGAUUUUUAAUUUGUGUCAGGCGUUGAACCAAACCCAAGCCAAGACCUCGAUUACAUCCAGUGAUUAAAAUUGAUUUCAUUUUUUUUUUCUAUUAUAUUUUCUUGUAUUUAUAUUUUUACUUUGGGAGGUUUAAAUUAUUAACGAGUUAUUAAAAUAUAUCGACAAGAUCACAAAACACACACUUAUGAGCUCGUGAUUUUGUGAUGUCAGAUAUUGCUUAGUCACAGUUUAUAAAAAAAAACAUUGAUCCACGGAUAUUCGUAAAUAAUAUCAAGAAAUAUACGUGACGUUAUUAUCAAGUAUACUUGUGUUAAAUCUCAACAAUUAUACGCGUAGGAAAAAAAAAUAUAACUUUUAUUGUAAAACUUGAUUUGAUAUAGAUGGGAAAAAGUAAAAAUUAAAUUGUAAAUAGCGAUUGUAAAAAUAAGAGUGUUCCAUGGCGACUUUAACGUUUAUGACAUGUCGCCUUGCAUCAUUUAGGAGUAUUGGAACACAAAAGUUUAAAUUAUUUGAUAAUAAAUACAAUAUUUUUAUUAGACCAAACAAAACACUGAUGACAGCUAAUAAAACAUUUGUUGCUUGUUUAUGCACUGAUGCUAAGUAUCAAUAUGAUCUGGUGGUUAUUGGAGGUGGUUCAGGUGGUUUGGCAGCAGCCAAAGAAGCCGUUGAACUUGGUGCAAAAGUAGCUGUGUUUGACUAUGUAACACCAUCACCACAAGGUACAAAAUGGGGUCUUGGUGGUACAUGUGUAAAUGUUGGAUGUAUCCCUAAAAAAUUGAUGCAUCAAGCAGCUUUAUUGGGUGAGGCUAUUCAUGAAGCAACAGCAUUUGGCUGGCAAAUAUCAGAACCAGAAAACAUUAAAAAUAAUUGGGAAAGCUUACGUUCUGCUGUACAAAAUCAUGUUAAAUCAGUUAACUGGGUAACACGUGUUGAAUUGAGAAAUAAAAAAGUUGAAUAUAUCAAUGCAAAUGGAUACUUUAAAGAUGCUCAUACUGUUGCUGGUCUUAUGAAAAAUGGUGAUGAAAAAAUUGUCACUGCUGAUAAAGUAAUUAUUGCUGUUGGGUGUCGUCCAAGAUACCCAGACAUUCCUGGUGCAAUUGAGCAUGGUAUCACUAGUGAUGAUUUGUUUAGUUUGAAAAAUGCACCAGGAAAAACGCUUGUUGUUGGUGCUGGUUAUAUUGGUCUGGAAUGUGCUGGCUUUUUAAAUGGUCUUGGUUUUGAAACAACAUUAAUGGUACGAUCAAUUAUUCUUCGUGGUUUUGAUCAACAAAUGGCUAAUCUUGUUGCUGAAGAAAUGUCACAACGUGGCAUUAAUUUUGUCUAUCAGGCUAAACCAAAAGCUAUAAAAAAACAAGAAGAUGGACGUCUUCUUGUUCACUGGGUUGACAAGGAUGGACAAGUUUAUGAAGAUAUUUAUGAUACAGUUUUGUUUGCCAUUGGAAGACAAGCAUUGACACCAGAUCUUAAACUUGACAAUGCUGGUGUUAAAGUUGUUUCUGAAACAUUUAAAAUUGCUGCUGAAAAUGAAGAAACAAAUGUUUCAAAUAUUUAUGCUGUUGGAGAUGUUCUUCAUAAACGUCCAGAAUUAACACCAGUUGCAAUUCAUGCUGGUAAAUUACUUGCAAGAAGACUUUAUGGUAAUUCACUGGAAACGAUGGAUUACACGAAUGUUGCAACUACAGUGUUUAGUCCACUUGAAUAUGGUUGUGUUGGUCUUGGUGAAGAGGAUGCAAUUAAGGCAUAUGGAGAAGAUAAUAUUGAAAUAUAUCAUGCUUUUUAUAAACCAACUGAAUUUUUCAUUCCGCAAAAAAAUAUGUCACAUUGUUAUGUUAAAGUUGUGGCAUUGCGUGCUAAUGAUCAAAGAAUUCUUGGUAUGCAUUUUAUUGGUCCACAUGCUGGAGAAGUUAUCCAAGGUUUUGCUGCUGCUAUCAAGUGCAAAAUAACAUUCCCACUUUUAAAGCAAACUGUAGGUAUUCACCCAACAAGUGCUGAAGAAUUUACACGAGUAUUCAUCACCAAAAGGUCUGGAAUGGAUCCAACACCUCAAAGCUGCUGUAGUUAAAAAAAAAAUUGAUUGAAUCAAUUAAACUUUCUUAAAAAUGGUAUUACAAGUUUGCAAUUGAUCGAUAAUUAUCAUUUUUUCAUUUCCAUAUAUUGGAAUUUGAUGAUGUAUUUUUAUAUUGUUUUUUUGGAAAUAUAUUUAAAACGAUUGCAAAAUUAAAAACAUUGAAAAUGCAUUUUUAUUAUUUUUUCUGUUUGAUAUUUAAUUUUUUUUUUUGUUUCUUUCUGUUGAGUUUAUACAUGUACAGUAAUUAGACUUGACAUUUGAAAUUAAAAAUCUACUAUCAGAUAAUUUUUUUUUAUUCUCGAGUCACUGGUGCGUACAAAAAACAUUAUUUUAUAUUAUUUAUUAAUUUUGAAUCUUUCAAUAUUAUAGAGAAAAAACAAAAGAAAAAUUGCAAUUUUAAAUUUGUGCAAUAUAGUAUAUUGAUAUUUAUUGUUUGUAAAUUAUCAUUUUGUUUUUUUUAAUUUAGUAAUUUGUCAUAUUUAAUCAAAAAUUAUCAAUGGUCAAGUUGCUGUUUUUUAAUUUUUUUUAUUUUUAUGAAAAAAAAUGUUCUUAUUGAAAAUGAAAAAAAAAAAAUUAUAAAAGAAUAAGAUACACCGACCAGCAGUGGUGGACCAGCAAUUAUUAUAAUACAUCUAAUUGCAAGUC